CAGUAUAAAUACUUCGCUUGACAACAAGUUGAUUUCAGUUACUCCAUUGUUCAUCCAGCAAGUACACAGCAAAAAUGAUUAUACAACACCUCCUGCAUCCCAUCUUGGCCGUUCUCUGUGUCCUAAGCUGCGUCAGUUCGAAACCGUACGAUGGUUACAAACUGUACGAAGUGCCCAUCUCCACUGGCCACGAAGUCCAGCUUCUGCUAUAUCUUCAGCACCACCGUCCCAGUAUCGACAUUUGGGCCUUGAACAAGCUCGGUCCCAAGCGGAUGCUUGUGCCGGCGAAUUUGCAGAAAACGGUCGAACACUUCUUCAAGGACCAACACAUCAACUACACCGUCAAGGUGGAAGAUUUCGGAAAGAAGUAUUCCGUGAGACAAGCGCCGUUGAUGCAACUGGAGGAUCCGACGUUCCUGAACAGCUAUCCAACGUACGAUGAGAUCAACGACUAUUUGGUUCAGCUUGCGACGGAGAACUUUGAGUGGAUUCGGUUCCGUAUCAUUGGUUGGUCGGUGGAAGGUCGUCCGAUCCGGGCGAUCACAAUCAAUCCGGACAAACAGAGAACGAUCAUUGUGGACGCAGGGAUCCAUGCGCGGGAGUGGAUUACCGUGUCUACCGCACUGUACUUGAUCAAGAAACUGAUUGAGGAUAGCGAUCAGUACAGGAUUCUACAUGAGUACAAAUGGGUGAUCGUGCCGUUGGUUAAUCCCGAUGGGUACAUCUACUCGAUGGAAACAGAUCGUUACUGGAGGAAGAACAGAAGACGUCUGAGUGAUAAGUGCGUUGGGGUUGAUUUGAACAGGAAUUUUGGAUUCAGGUGGGAUGUAGGAGCGUCGCUGUUCUCCGGUGAAUGUCAUCCAGGGUUCCGCGGCUAUGCACCGUUUUCCGAACCGGAAAGUAGAGCUCUCAGAACAGUUUUCGACAACAAUCCGGAAGCCGAGCUUUACAUCAAUUUGCACAGCUUUGGGGGUUAUUUGAUUUAUCCGUGGAGCUAUGAGAGUACUCCGGUGGCGAAUGUCGGAGAUUUCAAGCAAGUUGGAGUUGCGGCUGCGAGGGCCAUGUGGCACUACAGUCACCAGGAGUAUAAAGUGGGAUCCAGUGCGGAAAUUCUGCGCUAUCAGGCCAGUGGAACCAGCAUCGACUAUGCGUACUCGGUUGGCAUAGACUACCCAUUUGCAAUGGAGAUCGCCGAGUUUGGCUAUAGUGACUUCCAACCUCCAACGAAUGCCAUUGCUGACAUCGUUAAGGAGUCGUUCGUUGGCAUUAAGGAGCUCGUGUAUGCAGUUCGAAAGCUUAAAACACAACAAAAAGGAUAAUUGAGAGAUCAUCCAACGCGGAAUAGAGUUAUCUUCAAUUGACCAUUUUGUAGUAUUUUGUUCGAUGGGACCCUGGCUUGAAGUGAUGUGUUAAUUUUUGCAGUGAUCGAAAAUGGUCAUAAGAAUCGCCAAUAAAUUAUUUUAAAUUCGUUGGAUAAGUAUUGAAAUACACACCCAAAACAUA